AUGGGCGUCCCGCGCUGCUUCCUGCGGGCGCCGGGAGGGCUGGACCACGACCGUGACCACGGAUGCCGGGGGAUGCGCGGGCGCGGGGCGGCAGCGGGGCUUCGCUCAGCGGGGCCGGCCUCCAUCCUCCAGGACGCGCGGCGGCGCUGCCUCUCCCGAGUGGAAGCCCCGAGCCAGCUGCUGUCUGCCUGCACAGGUGGGAAAGCUAAGACCAGGCUCUGGGCGUGGGGAUCUGUGGGGGCUCUCGUCAUCAUCAUCAUCACCAUCACCAUCAUCAUCAUCGUCACCAUCAUCGUCAGCACCAGCAUCAGCAUCAUCAUCGUCAGCAUCAGCACCGUCCUUGGAACAUCGUGCGAGGCCAAGACCCUGCUCAAUAUCUUCGCUCUUGUUAUCGAAAGGAUCCUGAAAAAGAGGCACGCCGACAGGGCAGACAUCCCUGGGUCCACCGUGGUGGCAGGUCAAGCAGAGCAAGUGGGUGCCAGGUUCUUGGGGUGGUCCCUCAUGGGUUCCAGCCAGCACUGCCAGCUGGGAAUCCAUGAGGAGGCUGUGCAGGUGCCAGAAGGGCAGACUGUGGGCGAGGUAGGGAAGGCCCUAGGGGUGAGUCCCUUUCCAGGCACCAGCUGCCGCCUCCUCGGCCGUGGGCUGCGCGGGCGCCGGGUGCCCCGGCCCUUGGCGUGGCGCCCAGGUCUCGCCGGCCGCAGCCCAGGCUGGCGCGGCGCUCCGCUCGCACAAACUGACUCCGAGCGAGCGAGAGCCGAUGCCCGGCUGCAUCGACACGGCGGGCCCGCGGGCGUCCAGGGGCAGGGCGGGGGCGGCGGAGAGAAGGCGGCGUCGGAGACUCUGAACCCCGGAAAAGUUCAAGAGCGCUUGGAGGAAGGAAGCCUCGCUAUCUAUGUGGGGUUACUACCGAAACCAGAGAAACUGGGGCUUGCGUUGGAAAUCUGCACCCUCGAGCGGGUUCGGAUUCGAGCGGGGCCGCGGAGCUGGGGGAUCUUGCACUCGACUCUAGGCAGACCCCGAUACGCUGGUGGCCACCGGCCCCGGGACCGCAAGUGCGGCUCCCCCCUCGCCGCGCAGAUCCUGCAGGGGGCACCAGCCGGGGAAGGUGGAGGCUCCUUCCGCCCGGAGCUGCGCCCCCACCAGCUCCGCGGAGCCUCCGCAGAGACAGCCUGGCGCCACGGCCACCCUGAGUUGGAUGUGACCAAGCCCAGUCUGGGGCCAAGUCGUCGUCGACUGUUGCCCCCUCGGCCCCCUCCCGCUGCCGCCUCGGCCAUGGCCCCAGGGAUACUGGGCCGCGGCGGCGCCGCCCUGCUCUGUCUCUCGGCCCUGUUCGCCCACGCUUCCAGCCGCUCCCACCCGGCCAGUCCCAGCCCUCCGGGGCCACAGGCCAGCCCGGUGCUGCCGGUCAGCUACCGCCUGUCGCACACUCGGCUGGCCUUCUUCCUGCGGGAGACACGGCCCCCGCCGCCCACGGUCACCAAUGGCUCCCUGCAGCGCUCCGAGCCCUUCGUGGUGUUCCAGACCAAGGAGCUGCCCGUCCUCAACGUCUCCCUGGGGCCCUUCAGCACCAGCCAGGCGGUGGCCCGGGAGCUCCUGCAGCCGUCCAGCACCCUGGACAUCCCCGAGCGCCUGACGGUCAACUGGAAGGUGCGGGCCUUCAUCGUGCGCACCCGCGUGCCUGCCUCGCAGCCCGUGGCUCAGGUGCUGUUCUACGUGGCCGGCCGGGACUGGGACGACUUUGGCGUCACCGAGCGGCUGCCCUGCGUCCGCCUGCACGCCUUCCGGGACGCCCGGGAGGUCAAGAGCUCCUGCCGCCUCAGCGGGGGCCUGGCCACCUGCCUCGUGCGUGCCGAGCUGCCCCUGGCCUGGUUCGGGCCCCCGGCCCCCGCCGCCCGCCGCAAGUCCCAGGAUGGGCUGGAGGCCGAGACGGCCGGGGAGAGCCAGCAGGCCGAGCUCUACUACACCCUGCACGCCCCGGAUGCGGCUGGGGGCUGCGGGGGCGUCCGGCGGGGGGCGGGGCCCGGCACGGGGGCCCGGGCGGAGAGCCCUACGCAGCACCCCCUGCUGCGCAUCGGGAGCAUCAGCCUCUUCCGGCCGCCCCCCAAGAGGGCCCUGCAGGAGCACAGGCUGGACAGCAACCUGAUGAUCCGCCUGCCCGACCGACCCCUCAAGCCCGGGGAGGUGCUCAGCAUCCUGCUCUACCUGGCCCCCAACUCCUCCGCCCCCUCCAGCCCCAGCCUGGAGCACUUCACACUCAGGGUGAAGGCCAAGAAGGGUGUGACCCUUCUAGGCACCAAGUCACGGAGCGGCCAGUGGCACGUGACCUCGGAGCUGCUGACUGGGGCCAAGCACUCCACAGCCACCGUGGAUGUGACCUGGGCCCAGGGCACACCCCUACCCCCCUGGGAGGGCCAGGGGCCCCUGGAGAUCCUGCAGCUGGACUUCGAGAUGGAGAACUUCACCAGCCAGUCGGUGAAGCGCAGGAUCAUGUGGCACAUCGACUACCGCGGCCACGGCGCCCUGCCCGACCUGGAGCGCGCCGUCACCGAGCUGACGGUCAUCCAGCGGGAUGUGCAGGCCAUCCUGCCCCUGGCCAUGGACACAGAGAUCAUCAACACGGCCAUCCUGACUGGCCGGACGGUGGCCAUCCCUGUCAAGGUCAUUGCCAUUGAAGUGACCGGCCUCGUCCUUGAUGUGUCUGCCCUGGUGGAAUGCGAGUCUGACAAUGAGGACAUCAUCAAGGUGUCCAGCAGCUGCGACUACGUGUUCGUCAGCGGAAAGGAGUCUCGCGGGUCCAUGAACGCCAGGGUCACCUUUCGCUACGAUGUCCUCAGUGCCCCCCUGGAAAUGACAGUCUGGGUCCCCAAGCUGCCCCUGCACAUCGAGCUCUCCGACGCCCGCCUGAGCCAAGUGAAGGGCUGGAGGGUACCCAUCCUCCCCGACAGGAGGUCAGCCCGGGAGAGCGAGGACGAGGACGAGGACGAGGAGGAGCGGCGGCAGAGCACCAGCCGGGGCUGCACCCUGCAGUACCAGCACGCCACGCUGCAGGUCUUCACCCAGUUCCACACGACCUCGUCCGAGGGCACCGACCAGGUGGUCACCAUGCUGGGCCCGGACUGGCUGGUGGAGGUCACCGACCUGGUCAGCGACUUCAUGCGGGUGGGCGAUCCCCGAGUGGCACGCAUGGUGGACAGCAGCACGCUGGCCGGCCUGGAGCCGGGCACCACCCCCUUCAAGGUGGUGUCCCCGCUGACGGAGUCCGUGCUCGGGGAGACACUGCUGACGGUGACGGAGGAGAAGGUCAGCAUCACGCAGCUGCAGGCCCAGGUGGUGGCCAGCCUCGCCCUCUCCCUGCGGCCCAGCCCCGGGAGCAGCCACACCAUCCUGGCCACCACGGCUGCCCAGCAGACCCUGAGCUUCCACAAGCAGGAAGCCCUCCUGAGCCUCUGGCUCUCCUACAGUGAUGGCACCACGGCCCCCCUCUCCCUCUACAGCCCCCGGGACUACGGGCUGCUGGUAAGCAGCCUGGAUGAGCGGGUGGCCACGGUGACCCAAGACCGGGCCUUCCCGCUGGUGGUGGCCGAGGCCGAGGGGGCAGGGGAGCUGCUCCGGGCAGAGCUAAGCAUCGCCGAGAGCUGCCAGAAAACCAAGCGCAAGAGCGUGCUGGCCACGACUCCUGUGGGCCUGCGGGUGCACUUUGGUGGGGACGAGGAGGACCCCACUUACGACUACCCGGGCCCCAGCCAGCCAGGACCCGGUGGGGGUGAGGACGAGGCCCGGGGAGCUGGCCCGCCGGGCACAGCGGUGCCCCCGGCCGAGGCCCCCAGCACCACCAGCCCCGCCAUCCCACCCACCGAGGAUUUCCUGCCGCUGCCCACCGGCUUCCUGCAGAUGCCGCGUGGGCUCACGGACCUGGAGAUCGGCAUGUACGCGUUGCUGGGCGUCUUCUGCCUCGCCAUCCUCGUCUUCCUCAUCAACUGCAUCGUCUUCGUGCUGCGUUACCGGCACAAGCGCAUCCCACCCGAGGGCCAGACCAGCAUGGACCACUCUCACCACUGGGUGUUCCUGGGCAACGGGCAGCCGCUGCGGGUGCAGGGGGAGCUGUCACCGCCCACCGGCAACCCGCUGGAGACCGUGCCCCCCUGCUGCCACAGCGGCGACCACCACAGCAGCGGCAGCUCUCAGACCAGCGUCCAGAGCCAGGUGCACGGGCGCGGCGACGGCUCCUCGGGCGGCUCGGCCCGGGACCAGGCCGAGGACCCUGCCAGCUCCCCCACCUCCAAGCGCAAGCGGGUCAAGUUCACCACCUUCACCACGCUGCCCACGGAGGAGCUGGCCUAUGACUCAGUGCCGGCUGGCGAAGAGGACGAGGAGGACGAAGAGGACCUGGGUUGGGGCUGCCCGGAUGUGGCGGGCACCACGCGGCCCACGCCACCCCCAGACCUGCACAAUUACAUGCGGAGAAUCAAAGAGAUUGCAUAG